UCGGUGAGAGACUGCAGUUUUUGGAACUUAAAGGCACAAAAUUCAUCCACAGCCAUGUUUCUACUAGUUCUUAUUUCAGGCUUUAUCACUUUCACUUUAUGUUCUGCACGUCAGUAUGUCUUUGUGAAUGAGAACAAGACAUGGACUGAAGCUCAGAGUUACUGUAGAGAUAAAUACACUGAUCUGGCCACUAUUGAAAAUGAGCAAGAGACGAUCCAGUUACUCAACACAGUGAAUGACUUUAAUUCCAUUGAUCUGGCCUGGAUUGGACUUUAUGAUGAUCUGAACAGUUGGAAAUGGACUCUAGAGGACACCGAUUUCUUUAAAGGGGGAGAUAAACAGUUCAGAAACUGGUAUAACCCAGGACCUGUAUAUAAUGUGAAUGAUUGUAUGUUCAUGUACGAUGGGAUAUGGAAUCCAGCAUAUUGCUACAACAAAAAUGUUUGUGUGUACAUGUACAAUGGAAUAUGGUAUCCAACACAUUGCUCCAAUAGAUAUAUUUUCAUCUGCUAUGAUGGAAGACAGAAUGCCAACACUAGUUAUGUUUUGGUUAAUCAAUAUAAGAACUGGACUGAAGCUCAGAGUUACUGCAGAGAGAAUCACACAGAUCUUGUUAGUAUCAGGAAUGAAUCUGAAAACCAAGAGAUUCAGUAUUUUCUCCAAAAUAACUAUUAUUCAGUUUGGAUUGGUCUGUACAGAACCAGAUCUUGGUCUGAUCAGAGUAACUCUACAUUCAGUAACUGGAUAUCAGGACAGCCAUAUAAUGCUGGAUACAAUAAUUACUGCACUGCUGUGUCCUUUGCUGACUCUGGGAGUUGGACAGAUGAAAACUGUGAUAAUCAGUUAUCUUUCCUUUGCUACAGUGUGUCAUCUUUGGCAUCCUCCCGUCAGUAUCACUUUAUUUCUGAGUCUAAGAACUGGACUGAAGCUCAGAGAUACUGCAGAGAGAAUUACACUGAUCUGGCCACCAUUGAUAACAUGGAUGAAAUGAACAGACUGAUGAACACAGUUAAUGGAAGUUACAAUGGAUCAGCCUGGAUUGGACUGUAUUAUGAUGUGAACAGCUGGAGAUGGUCACUGGAAAACAAUGAUUUCUAUCAGGAAGGAGAGAAAGACUUCAGAAGCUGGCAUCAUGAACCAGACAACUAUGGAGGAAAUGAUCUGUGUGUUUAUAUGGAUUAUGCUGGCAAAUGGUUUGAUUCAUCAUGUGACAGUGUCUUGGCAUUUGUUUGCUACAAUGAAAACAAUAACACAUACAUCAUAAUUAAUGAUAGAAGAAACUGGGCAGAUGCUCUUAGAUACUGCAGAGAAAAUUACACAGAUCUCGCCAAUGUGAGAAACAUGACUGAAAAUCAGAAGAUCCUUGAGAGUACUGGUGGUGAUGUCUGGAUCGGUCUGUACAGAAACAGGAUUUGGUCAAAUGGUCAGAUUACUAAAUAUCAAAACUGGAGACCCGAAAUUCUUAAUUCUGCACAACAACCAGAUAAUGGUCUAUAUGUUUCUGGCCAGUGGGGUGACCAGCACUGCACUGCUGUAUCAUUACAAAACUUGGGCAGAUGGACAGAUGAGAACUGCUUAACUAACAUGCCAUUCGUCUGCUACAACAGAACGUGCACACAAUCUUCAUGCAGUCCCCGUCAGUAUCACUUUAUAUUUGUGAAUAAGACUUGGUCUGAAGCUCAGAGAUACUGCAGAGAGAAUUACAUUGAUCUGGCCACCAUUGAUAACAUGGAUGAAAUGAACAGGCUCAUUAAAACAGUACAGGGGAUUUACUAUGGUACAGCAUGGAUUGGACUGUAUGAUGAUAUGAACAGCUGGAGAUGGUCACUGGGAAACACAGAGUUGGGAGGAGGUUUUAAAAGCUGGUAUGUCCAGCAGCAAGUAAACUGGUAUGGAAAGAGUCUCUGUGUGUACAUGUCAUAUUACAGAGGAUUCUGGAAUGAAGGGAUUUGCUCCUCCCAGCUUAACUUUAUUUGCUAUGAUGGAAGACAGAAUGCCAGUGCAAAUUAUGUGUUAGUUUAUGAGCCCAAAAACUGGACUGAAGCUCAGAGUUACUGCAGAGAGCAUUACACAGACCUUGUCAGUAUCAGGAAUGAAACUGAAAAUAAGAUGAUCAAAUCUCUUAUGCAGAAUUAUGUUAGUGUUUGGAUUGGUCUGUACAGAAGCCUAUCUUGGUCUGAUCAGAGUAACUCUACAUUCAGUAACUGGAGAUCAGGACCACCAUAUAAUGCUGCAUACAGUGAACACUGCACUGCUGUAUCAUUUAUUGAUGGGAAAUGGACAGAUGAAAACUGUGAUUUGUUUUUACCUUUCUUUUGCUACAAUGUGACAGUGUUAGGAUCAUCCCGUCAGUAUCACUUUAUAUCUGUGAUUAAGAGUUGGACUGAAGCUCAAAGAUAUUGCAGAGAGAAUUACAUUGAUCUGGCCACCAUUGAUAACAUGGAUGAAAUGAACAGUUUGAUGGACACAGUUAAUGGGAGUUACAGUGGAUCAGCCUGGAUUGGACUGUAUGAUGAUGUGAACAGCUGGAGAUGGUCACUGGAAAACAAUGAUUUCUAUCAGGAAGGAGAGAGAGAGUUCAGAAACUGGCAUCAUCAACCAGAUAAUAAUGGGGGGAAUGAAUUAUGUGUUUAUAUGGAUAAUAAUGGAAAGUGGAUUGAUUUUUCAUGUGACAAUAAUUUCCCAUUUGUUUGUUAUAAUGGUAGUGAAAACGCCUCUCAGAGUUAUGUUCUUGUACCUGAGGGAAGGAACUGGACUGAAGCUCAGAGAUACUGCAGAGAGUUUUACACAGAUCUGGCCAGCAUGAGAAAUCAAACUGAGUAUCAACAGAUCCUGAACAUUACACUGGGUCAUAAUGUAUGGAUUGGUCUGUACAGAAACAGACUGUGGUCAGAUCAGAGCAACUCUUCAUUCACAUACUGGCUGCCAUAUACUCCACAUGUUUCUCCACAACCAGAUAAUGGUUUAUAUGUCCCAGGACUGUCGGGAGCUCAACACUGCACUGCUGUGUCUGGAAAAUAUGUUGGUCAAUGGACAGAUGAAAGCUGUUUUGCCCAUUUACCUUUCUUCUGUUAUGGUGUAUCAGAUAAGUAUGUAACAGGGCUACGCGUGGAAUUUAGAAGUGAAGAAAAUCUGUCAAGUUCUCAGUUUGAAGCAUUUAUACAACUCCAUGAAGGAUUUAUAAGAAGUGGAAUUCACGGUAACUUCACCUUUAGUUUGAGAAGUUAUCGUAAAAUUGGACCAUGAAAGAGACAACAGCAUUCCUGAACACAUGCACGCACACAGUUUUAUCAAAUAAGUAAAUGUCUGCAUUUGUAUGUUUUGCAAUACCAUAAAUGUAUCAGACUAGUAUCAAGUUUUAAACAAUAAGAGAGUUUAGUUUCUCUUUAUGGUAAAAACUUGGUAAGUCCCGGUAAAGCCAAUCUUAAAAAAAAUUCUAAACACAUUAUAAAUGUUAGAAAUGUGUUGUUACCAUAUAUACACCAGCAGUGUACAUUUGACACUGGUGAUUUUGUUGUGUAUUGUGACGGCAGCUAGCAUGGUUUCAGCCCUAUAAGGACACAACCCCACCACUUGAGAGCCGAAAAUAUAGCCUAUUAUUUCAAGAUUUGUAUAACUUUUUCCAUCAUUCAAUUUUGGUUGGGUGGUUAAGAACACAUGUAAUAUCUGACUUUACAGAGACUUUAAGCAAGUAUUUUUAUUGCUGAAUAAUUUAUUUUUAGUUAAAUUACAGUACUGUAAUUUUAAAGUGCCCAUAUUAUGAAAAACUCACCUUUUUCUGGGUUUUGGGGUGUUAUUUUGUGUCUCUGAUGCUUCCACAUGCAUACUUGGAAAAAAAUCCAUCCAUGCUGUUUUGAGUGAGAUACAGGUUUCUGAAUGUCCUCUGCCUUGAGUCUCAGAUUGUGCGAGUUCAAACUCAGCUCCGUUGUGACGUAACUAGCCGUUUCGUCACAUUCCGUUUGAAUUUUCCCGCCCACCACCCCACUCGCAGGUCUCCACCCACCAGGUAGCAAGAGCACUGAGCAGUCACUUCGAUGAUACCCUCUGUGCUGUUAUCAUGUCUCACGGAAAUAACAGCGCUAUUUGGAUAUUAUGGAUUAUACUCCCGCCUACUUUUAAAAACAAAGUUUAAACGCAUGUUUAUUUAUACCUAAAAUGUGAUCUCAUAUACAGUGUGUUACAACACAAAUUGUCCUCAGAUUGUAGGCGAUAAGACGUUCAUGCGAAAUCUGAUGUAAACAACAGACUAUGUAGCUUUCACGGAUUAUAAGCAUUUGUGGACAAAAAUGGUCAUUGAAUGUAUUUUAUUGGAUUUUCAUGGAUUAUUCACACAUCUGAAACAGACUGGAUUCGAUUCGCGAUCGCUAUAUCAACACAAAAGGUAAGAGUCACGUUAUAUCUUGCAUGUUGUCAUAUUCUGUCACAAAAUACUACAUUUAUGAUGCUAGAGCAUCUGUGUUUUGCCAAACUAACCAAGACCGGGCCUUACCGAUCCGGCUUUUCUGACGAGGCCAACGUACCCCCGAGUCUCUUAUAACUUCACGGUCCGGAGCUCCCGCUAGCUUCUAGCAAUUAGCACAUGGUCCACAAGCAGUAUAUAUCCCCCGCCGGGUCUAAAUUUCUGUCAUUUGCGAAAAUAAUGCGUUUGAAAAUGUUUUAUAACGGGAAUAUGUUAGUAUUGGGAAUCUUUGCGUGUCAUAAUGAGUUUCUUCUCCUGUAGUGUACUUAUUAGUGAUACUUUUCUGCUUGAUUUGUCUGUUGGCAACAUAACCCUUAAUAAUAAUAUAUAUAAAUAAUAACACAGUGGUCUGUACUGCUCACGAUACCACUGAGCAUGCGCACGGGCACAUGACGUUAGUAGUGGGGCGUGAUCAAAGGAGCAGCAGCUCAUAAAUAUGUAAUGACUAGCUCAAAAUGGCACAAUCUGAACUGCACUGAAACAGAGGCUACUAGAGAUGGGUAACAAUCUUUUUCUACAAGCUAUUUCGAGCAAACAACUUUUGAAACAUGCUUUAUGGAACUCAUACACCUAUUUAACUUGUGGAAAAGCAGUCAUAAUAUGGGCACUUUAAUAAUCAAACUGACCAAAAAAUUUUAUGCAGAAAGACAAAAUAUAUGAAUUGAAUUACUGAUUUACUAUAUUCACCAAUCUAAAUCUAAUAAUCUGUAUGAUUGUAACUGUAUAUCUUUUUUGUGUAUAUGCAAAUCUUCUCUGUGUUCACUAACUGUAUCUUAAAAUACAUUAAUCUUCUCCACUGAUCUAUGACCCAUUAUUUUGGACUGCUGAAUAUUAAGAGUACACAAAAUUAAUCAGCCAUGUAUUUUCUGAGAUAAAUUGCACAGUAUGCAAUAACCCCAAUACAUUCUUAACAUGGCCACUCUGUUUUCAUGAUUCCUGACAUAUAAACCUGUUUCACAAACAACUUCUGUGAAGAAAAACAAGUCUGUUGUAGGUCACUCACUUUCACUUAUAAGUACACUAAUAGAUGUACAAGAAAAUACAUUUGUGGCAUAACCUGUUUCAGCGGUUGUGUGAGUUGUGAUGUCCCUACACAGAAAAAUUAAUACUUGCUGAGAUUAUGUUGCAUACACAUUUGGUAUUGACAUUUUCCCUAUUUGCUUCUGACACA